UCAUAGCUUUGUAUUUCUUAGUUUCUUUAUAUGUGCCUAGCUUUGAAGUUUGGAGCUUUAAAGAUUAGAAAAUUUGCUUGUUUCCAGUGUUUGGUGUAGUUACCAAUGGUGUUGAGGAGCCCAAGAGCCUGCAUGUCUCUUCCUUCACCUUCUCAGUGGAAAUAUGAUGUGUUUUUAAGUUUUAGAGGUGAAGACACCCGCAUAGGUUUCACAGACCAUUUAUAUGACAAACUGGAGUGGCAAACAAUCAAAACCUUCAGGGACAAUGAAGAACUUCAGAGAGGUAAAACUAUUGCUCCAGAGCUUUUGACCGCGAUUGAACAAUCAAGGUUUGCCAUUGUUGUUCUCUCGCCGAAUUAUGCUUCUUCCUCUUGGUGCUUGGAUGAAAUUACAAAGAUUGUUGAAUGCAUGGAAACGAGGGGUACAAUUUUGCCAAUUUUUUAUCACGUGGAUCCGUCCGACGUACGCAAACAAAUGGGUAGCUUUGCAGAAGCCUUCACUAAACAUGAAGAAAUUUUUUGGAAAGACAUGGGAAAGGUGAGGCAAUGGAGAGAAGCUUUAUUCAAAGUGGCUAAUUUCAGUGGGUGGACUUCUAAGGAUAGGUAUGAAACAGAGCUUAUCAAAGAAAUUGUGGAAGUAGUAUGGAAUAAAGUGCAUCCCACAUUGUUAGGUUCCGCCAAGAACUUGGUUGGAGUUGAUUUUAGAGUAAAGGAAAUAAAUUUGCUUUUAGAUGCUGAGGCAAAUGAUGUUCGCUUUAUAGGGAUAUGGGGGAUGGGUGGGAUGGGUAAGACAACCAUUGCUAGAUUGGUUUACGAGAGAGUUUUCCAUAAUUUUGAAGUUAGCAGCUUUCUUGCAAAUGUAAGAGAGGUUUCUGCAAAACAUGGUCUAGUUCAUCUACAAAAAGAACUUCUUUCCCAUAUCUUGAAGAAAGAAAGUACAAAUGUUUGGGAUGUUUAUAGUGGAACCAGUAUGAUCAAGAACUAUUUAUGCAAUAAAAAGGUUCUUCUCAUUCUUGAUGAUGUCGACGAAUUAAACCAACUGCAAAUAUUACUUGGGGAGAAACACUGGUUUGGUUUGGGGAGCAGAAUCAUCAUUACAACUAGAGAUCAACAUUUGCUGGUCACACAUGGUGUAGAAAAAUCAUAUGAGCUUGAGGGAUUAAAUGAAGUUGACGCCCUGCAGCUCUUUAGCUGGAACGCCUUUAAAAAAGACCAUCCUGAAGAAGAUUAUUUGGAACUGUCCAAGUGCUUCAUGGAAUAUGCUGGAGGCCUUCCAUUAGCUCUUACAACCUUGGGAUCCUUUUUGUAUAAAAGAAGCCGAGAUGCAUGGACUAGUGCAUUGGAUAAACUAAAGAAAGCUCCUAACAGAACAAUUUUUGGAACACUCAAAAUGAGUUAUGAUGGACUAGAUGAGAUAGAGAAAAGAAUUUUUCUCGAUGUUGCAUGUUUCCUUAAGGGAUAUAACAAAGAGCGAACAAUUGAAGUACUAGAUAGUUAUGGCUUUUGCCCUCGUAUUACAGUAGAUGUUCUUGCUGAGAAAUCUCUUUUAACUAUUUCAGACAACCAUGUGUGCAUGCAUGAUUUGAUACAGGAAAUGGGACGUGAAAUUGUUCGUCAAGAGUCUUAUGAAGAACCUGGUCGACGUAGUCGAUUAUGGCAUCGUGACGACAUCCUAAAUGUAUUUAUGAAGAAUAGAGGAACAAAGACAAUUGAAGGGAUAGUCUUACACUUGCCUGAAUUGGAAGAGGCACAUUGGAAUCCAGAAACCUUCUCUAAGAUGUCUAAGCUAAGGUUGCUUCAAAUUCAUAAUUUGAGCCUUUCUCAAGGACCCAAAUAUCUUUCUAAUGCCUUAAAAUUUCUUGACUGGAGUUGGUAUCCUUCAAAAUUUCUCCCACCAACUUUUCAGCCAGAUGAAAUUUCUGAACUUAAUUUGCGUCAUAGCAAAAUUAAUCGUCUUUGGAAUGGAUCAAAGUACUUGGGAAAGUUGAAAUAUAUCGAUCUUAGUUACUCCCAAAGCUUGACCAUGACCCCAGAUUUCACAGGUAUUCAAAAUCUUGAGAGGUUGGUGCUUGAAGGUUGUACAAGUUUAGUUGAGAUUCAUUCAUCCAUUUCAGUUCUGAAACGGCUUAAAAUUUUGAAUUUAAAAAAUUGUGAAAGUCUUAAAAGUCUUCCAAGUGAGGUAGACAUGGAAUCUCUCGAAGUUUUUAUCCUUUCUGGUUGCUCAAAAGUAAAAGGGAUUCCAGAAUUUGUGGGACAGAUGGAAAAAUUAUCAAAGCUUUCUUUAGAUGGGACUAGUAUUAAGAAAAUACCUUCAUCAAUUGAACGUCUAAUUGAGUGUUUGGAGGAACUUGAUCUGAGUGGAACUGCUAUAGGAGAGCCACCAUCCUCCCUUGCUCUGAUGAAAAAUCUCAAAGUGUUAUCCUUUCGUGGAUGUAAAGGGCAAUCGCCUAAAUCAUGGCAUUCGUUCCUCCCUUUUGAAUUUUUUGCAGGAAAGAGUUCUGGUCCUAAGGGUUUGGUGUUGGCUUCUUUAAAAGGUUUCUUCUCUUUGAAGAAAUUAGAUCUAAGUGACUGCAAUCUUUGUGAAGGAGGAAUCCCUGAUGAUAUUGGAUGUAUGUCCUCCUUAGAAGAAUUAAGUUUAAGUGGAAACAAUUUUGUUAGCUUGCCUGCAAGCCUUAGAUGUCUCUCUAAGCUUUGGGAGUUAAACUUGGAAAGCUGCAAAAGUCUUCAGCAGUUGCCAGACCUUCCAUCAAAUAGGACUUUACAUGUAAAAGCAGAUGAUUGUACUUCGUUAAAAAUAUUGCCGGAUCCACCCAUGUUGAGCAGUUUAUAUAAGUACUUUUUCAGAGCUGUCAAUAGCUUCAGAUUGGUUGAAAACAAUGAAGGCUGCAAUAACAUAGCAUUUUUAAUGCUACAGAAAUUCCGUCAGGGAGUCUGUCAUUCUGUUCUCAGAUUCGACAUUGUCAUUCCUGGAAGUGAAAUUCCUGAUUGGUUCAGUAAUCAAACUGUGGGAGAUUCAUUAAUGGUGGAGCGGCCUCCGCAUUUAUGUAAUAGCAAGUGGAUGGGGUUUGUUUUAUGUGCUGUUUUUGGAGCUCAAGAAAAUCCAGAUCUUCUUGAAUUUGAUGAUUUUGGACGCCAUCCAUGUGGAAUUUUAUGUUAUUUGGAAAUAGCGGGAUCAUAUCAAUUUUCUUUUCCUAUACCUGAUGCGGUGCUGCAUCAUAGUGUUGGCCAUGUUGCAUCAGAUCACCUUUGGUUACUCUAUUUUUCUCGUAAGCACCAUCGCUAUGAGAAUUUUUUGAAGGAUAGCUGCAGUCAGGUUGAGGUUUUAUUCAAACCCUUUUGUAGUGUGCAAAAAAACACGUGCUUGAAGCUGAAGAAGUGCGGCAUUCAUCUGGUAUAUGGGGAAGAUGUGGAAGAGCUCAACCGAAAAAUGAACCAAUCUAACAGCAGCAUUUCUCUUUACAACGCAAUGGAUGUCCCCUGUUGUUAUUUUGAAAAAUCAUCAGAUGCAGAAGGCGCUGUUGUUAAGCGAACACGCAAACAUUGUGAUGAGGAGGAACCAAGUGCAAUUGGUAGCUCUGAGUCUGACAAGGAAUCACUCCGCAAAAGAUUGAAAGAAGACUAGUUGGUCUUGUGGCAUCUUCACUAGUCCAGUUCCUCGAAACAGUAAUUGAAAGGGUUGCAUCAGAGAAGAGUGGAUUUUUUAAUUUUUUGCCUCCAGUAAUCAGCGAAUUGGUGUAUUUCAUCGAAGGAGCUGCAAAGCUGCAAUGAAGUUAUUCAAAUGAUCGGGAAAGAGAAGCGAAACAUUGGUGGUAUUAUGUGCUAUACUGUUGUGUGUUGUAAAUCUUGUUCUUCUUACACCAAUCACUUUGGAAUGAUAACACAUUCUGAUAUUCUUUAUGCUCCUUUUAAUCAGAUCUAAAUACAGGGAGGUUGGGGGAUUUCCCUCAUCUGGACCAAUGCUA